UGGCAUCUCUUUCCCAUCCGGGCCGAAGCUCGCCUCCCCCCACCCCCGCCCCGAGCCGCCGAAGCACCUGGGUGCGUUGCACCGCGGGAGGCUGGGCAGGUUGCUGUGUUGCUGGCCCCGGGCGGUGGAACUCUAAUACGCGGCUCUGCUAGGCUGCCCUCCCCUGCAUUGCACCGCCGACCCUCGCCUGAUAGCUGCAGCCAGCGGCUCCGGCUUGCAUUGCUCCUCUGUGCAUUGCUGCUCCGGACGCUGCAGCCCGAAGCCUCCAGCCUCACCCUGCCUUCCACCUCCUCCGUGGAACACGCAGUUGGUGGUCGCCCAGAGCAGCGGCGGAGCCAAGCUGCGGUGCCAGUCGCCGAAGGCACUGCCGCAGCUGGCCCUCUGGCCUUCUGUCCCUUAGGGCAGCCCGCUCCCGGGAGGAAGGGAGCGGUCCUUACCUAGACCUGCCCUGUCUGGCGGUGAGAUGAGCUUCUUCGGCUUUGGGCAGAGCGUGGAGGUGGAAAUCUUGCUGAACGAUGCGGAGAGUAGGAAGCGAGCGGAGCACAAGACGGAGGACGGGAAGAAAGAGAAAUAUUUCCUCUUUUACGACGGAGAGACUGUCUCCGGAAAGGUGAGCCUUGCGCUCAAGAACCCCAACAAGCGCCUGGAGCACCAGGGUAUCAAGAUCGAGUUCAUCGGGCAGAUUGAACUCUACUAUGACCGUGGGAACCACCAUGAAUUUGUGUCCCUGGUGAAGGACUUGGCUCGGCCCGGAGAGAUCACCCAAUCGCAGGCCUUCGACUUUGAAUUUACUCACGUGGAAAAGCCGUAUGAGUCCUACACAGGACAGAAUGUGAAGCUACGUUAUUUCCUUCGAGCCACUAUCAGCCGCCGCCUCAAUGAUGUUGUUAAAGAGAUGGACAUUGUAGUUCACACACUCAGCACAUACCCAGAGCUGAACUCUUCUAUCAAGAUGGAAGUUGGGAUUGAGGACUGCCUACACAUUGAGUUUGAGUACAAUAAAUCCAAAUACCACUUGAAAGAUGUCAUUGUAGGAAAGAUAUACUUCCUGCUGGUGAGAAUCAAAAUAAAGCACAUGGAGAUAGACAUCAUCAAACGGGAAACAACGGGCACAGGCCCCAACGUAUACCACGAAAACGACACGAUAGCCAAGUACGAGAUCAUGGAUGGGGCACCAGUACGAGGAGAGUCCAUCCCGAUCCGGCUUUUCCUGGCAGGGUAUGAGCUUACACCCACUAUGCGGGACAUUAACAAGAAAUUCUCUGUGCGCUAUUACCUCAACCUGGUGCUGAUAGAUGAGGAGGAACGGCGCUACUUCAAGCAGCAGGAAGUGGUGUUGUGGCGGAAGGGUGACAUCGUACGGAAGAGCAUGUCCCACCAGGCAGCCAUCGCUUCACAGCGCUUCGAGGGUACAACCUCCCUGGGUGAGGUGCGGACCCCCAGCCAGCUGUCUGACAACAACAGUAGGCAGUAGGCCUCUGGGCCAAGAAGCUGCUGGGCUUCCACCCCAGCACCCCCGUCUACCAAACACCAGCGGCUGGGGGAGGGGGAGAUGGUAUGAGGCUCAGCUGACCGUUACUUGCAACCUGAAAACAAUUCAUGUUUUUGACUUAAAUUCUUUUCUCUGAAGGACCUAAGGGGCUUGGGUUAGAAAGCAGUCUCCUUGGGAUUCUGUGGCUGAUGUGGGAUAGGGAGAGGAGCAUCCUGGAAGCUAAUCUCUCCCUGGGGAAUAAGUUGUCUGCUGAGGCCUUCCUCAUGGGCUGCCUCUUAUCAUAGAGCUGAAAGCGUGUCCUUGGCUUCUAGUUCUCUGGGCUUCCUGAUACAGGAUCUGAACAUGUCCCUGGAAUUCAAAUCUGCCAGCAAGGCCCUGGGUAGUCAUUUUUCUUAUACUCCCCUUGGCUGUCCCUGAGGUAGUGGGAGGAGGAUUUGGGCCUGUCCCAUCUAAAGGGUAGGGUUGGGGGUAGAUCAGGAAGCUACCUCUUUGGGCGUCUUGGAUGUGGUGCUCUGAGGUUUCCACAUGCCACCUUCUCUCUGGCCUUUCACUGCUGGCACCAGACACCUCCUUUCUGCAUCUUCUCUGGCUAGUAGGAAUGUUCUGGGACAGAAACCUGUGGAAGUGCCUGGGGUCAUCUGUCCCUCACCAGUGAGAAAUACCUGUGCGCAAAAAAGCUCAGAGGUUAAUGUCAUGCAUGGAUGGCCAAGAGGCUGAGCCAGGCCUACUGAGGAAGGGUCAAGGCAAUGGCAAUUGUCUGCUUUCACCAUGUGACUGUGCUUGGCAACCCUGAGGUCUGGGUUGUUCUAGACACAUUCUUCUAUGUGCCCUAACAAGCCCUAAGCAAGAGAGUCCAUUUUCUUUAAGAAGAUAUCCUGGAAAGGGGCCAGGAUCCUUUUUGCUCUCUAACAGUGGACCCUCAUCACUCCUUGUCUCUAUCCAACUUCUAAGAAUUGGGGCUUGAUUUCAAACACUUUGAAAUUUUGUUCUUACUUUCACCCCAAGAUCCUUCACUCCUCAUCACCUACAAGAUAAGGGAGAUGAGGGCCCCAAUAGCAGACUCUGAUGCCACAAACUUCAGUAAUUUGCUUGCCAAGUUACAUCUUUGUCAUCACCAGUUCACUGACCUAAGUUUAGGAUCACUGGUUUUUUUUUUGUUUGUUUGUUUAAAAACACAAAUAUUAAAAACUCUGGUGGAUGUAGUUAUGCUAAAGAAAGGGGCAGAUUUUCCUGUUGCUCUAUGCUUCGGCCUAUAGUAGUUAAAAUAGUCACUGUCUUUUCUGCCUCACUGGGGAUGACCAGGAAUUACUCUUCUGUUGGCUUCCCUUCCCUUUACAGAAAGACCAACCAGAUCCCAUUGGUCAAUAUUUGGUGGCCUGAGUUCUUUGUUAUUUGGACAGUAGAGAAUUUCGUUCCUAUCUCAUGUUUCA